AUCUUUUGUUUGUUGUGCGUCUCCAACCUGCGACAUUGUGCCGUUGUGUAGCUACAAGUACUGGAACUGCUGCUGCAUAAAGACGAUUGACUUCAACGCUUUCCUCGAGCAGAAAGGCUGCAGCACAGGGAAACACCGCUGGGUCCCCAAGCAGGUACGUAAGAAGGUGGCGUGUCGAUACGAUUGGCACCAGACAGGAAAUGAUGUCGUCAUAUCGAUUUACGCCAAGAACGCAAACCCAGAACUUUCCCGGAUUGAGGCGAACCGGACCGUGGUGACUCUCGUGUGAAUGCAGUUUGAGAACGAGAAGAUCUUCAAGAGAGACUUCCACUUCUGGGUGGUCGACGUGCAGAGAAGCUCCGUCAGCAUGCUCCCCUCCAAGGUGGAGGUCACCCUCCGCAAGGCCGACCAGGUGGCCUGGGGCAAGCUGGAGGACCCCAACUUCAAAGCCCGGCCACCGAGGAGGCUCGAGGAGGCCGCCGCCGCCGCGCUACGAAGGCAGCCGGUAGACAUCGACGACGACGACAUCAGCGACUCCGACGAGGAGUGGGCCUACGACACCAAGCAGAGGAAACCCGGGGAGGAGAAGGACGAGCAGAGGAGCAGAGGGGAGGAGGAGGUCUUAAAGCUGAAGGAGGUGGAGGAGGAGAUGAAGAAGGCGACAGAGGAGAGGAGGAGGGCAGAGGAGGAGAAGAAGAGGCUGGAGGAGGAGAGGAGGCAGGAAGCUGAGGGAGGAUACGAGGACAUGCCGGAGCUCGAGUGACCGCGA